CCUGGCCACACUUGAAUGUGAGUUCUGAACCUUGGACGAGUCGCUGAGGAACCUGAGCCACCAUCAUGGAGUUCGUGAUGAAGCAAGCCCUGGGAGGGGCCACCAAAGACAUGGGGAAGAUGCUUGGAGGUGAUGAAGAGAAGGACCCAGAUGCAGCCAAGAAGGAGGAGGAGCGCCAGGAAGCCUUGCGCCAAGCAGAGGAGGAGCGCAAAGCUAAGUACGCCAAGAUGGAGGCAGAGCGCGAGGUCAUGCGGCAGGGUAUCCGUGACAAGUACGGCAUCAAGAAGAAGGAGGAGCGCGAGGCGGAGGCGCAGGCCGCCCUGGAGGCCAGCUCGGAGGGCAGCCUGACGCGGCCCAAGAAGGCGGUCCCGCCGGGCUGUGGGGACGAGCCGGAGGAGGAGGACGAGAGCGUCCUGGAUGCGGUGAUCAAGUACCUGCCCGGGCCUCUGCAGGACAUUUUCAGGAAGUAACGCAGCGCCGCAGCCCCGCGACCCCGGAGCCCCCGCCC